UCCCUCCACUGGCUGCGAUCGGCGCUGCGCGCACCGAGCAGGGCGCACGGAGGAGGAAGCGCCACCAAAGACGCGCGACUUUGGUGCGUUUGGGGAACAAAAAGCGAGCGGGCGAGAAAGCGCGCACCCGCCUCCCUCCCGGGAGAGCCGUGCCUUUAAAUGCUGAGGGCUGAGCGCUCGCCGGGGACUCCAGCGCCCGCCUCGCUCUCCCCAGCCACCCGCUCCGGCUCCCGCUUGUUGCUCAGGCCGGCUGGCGAGGCGGGCGCGCGGAGCGCACAGCGCGGCGACCAUGAACCACCUGCGGCCGGGCUGAGCUGGAGGGGGGAAGCCAUAACUCUCUGUUGGCUGUUGCUCCCCCCAAGGGGGUACGAAUAAAAUCCCUCCAGCCUUCAGGGACAAGGCGGACUAACCGGCUCCCCCGAGAGCCUCGCAGCAGCGCCGUCGCUUGGUAAGUUUCCAGCGCCGUCGCCACCACCAAGCACCCGCUCUCCGGACGGAGGAGGAGCAGGAGGAGCGGGGGAAGGUAUGGGGAGUGGAUCAGGUGACGGCAGCCAGGCACACCUGGGCUGAUCUCCGGCUUGUUUGUGCAGAGAAGGCGGCGGGAGAGCAGGCAUGGGGAACCAAGUGGAGAAGCUGACACACUUAAACUACAAGGAGGUUCCCACCACAGAUCCGACAGGCGUGGACAGGGAUGAGGGCCCCCGGAUUGGGGUCUCCUACAUAUUUUCGAACGACGAUGAUGACGUGGAGCCUCAGCAUGACUCUGUGGUGCCCGACCUCGGUGGAGAGCGCCCCACGCCUCAGCCUUACGACCCCCGGCUUCACGAAGUGGAAUGUUCCAUCUAUUACCGUGACGAGUGCAUAUACCAGAAAAGCUUCUCUGGGGAUGUGACGAUGCUCGACGGGGUGGAGGGAGGAGGAGGAGGAGGGGGCCACCUGGCCACCUACACUCCAGAAAACCUUUUGAACCGGUGCAAGCCUGGGGACGUGGUGGAGUUUGUCUGCCAGGCCCAGUACCCUCACUGGGUGGUCUACGUUGGGGAUUUCCAAGUCGUGCACCUGCACCGGUUGGAGGUAGUGAACAGCUUUCUGACCGACGCCAGCCAGGGCAGGCGGGGGCGCAUUGCCAACCAGCUGUACCACUACAAGCCGCUGAGCCCGGCCACGGUGGUGCGGAACGCCCUGGACCAGGUGGGCUGCAAGGACCGGGACCUCAGCUGGAGGAACUCAGAGUGCUUUGCCGCCUGGUGCCGCUACGGCAAGCGCGAGUUCAAAAUCGGCGGCGAGCUGCGGAUAGGCAAGCAGCCGUACCGCUUGCAGAUCCAGCUUGGGGAGAAGCGCAGCCACACGCUGGAAUUCCAGAGUCUGGAGGACCUCAUCAUGGAGAAGCGGAGGAAUGACCAGAUCGGGAGGGUGGCCGUCCUCCAAGAACUGUCCAGCCACCUGCAGCCGGCCGAAGACGGCGACGGCAAGGAUCCCGGGGUCCAGACAGCCAAGGAGUAAGCGGGGCUUGCACCGCUGGGCCCAGCCUGGGUGACGCGAUUCAAACUGAAGGCGGAGAAACUGAGCUGUUAUAAGCUCCUUUGGGCUGCUUCACUCCAAUCACAUGUGAAGGGAAGUGGGGGGGGGGAGAAGCUGAUUAAGUGUCUGUGCUUUAGCACUUAACUCCUUCCGCGCUUGGUAGAACCAGCAACUUUAUUUUUUUUCUUUUGUUUUAUUUUUUGGUCAAGGGUUUAAACUCAGGGAGAUCUUCCUUCCUCUCUGUUCUGGCGUGGUUUUCUCUCCCCCAGCCAGUUCCAAGUCGUCUUCUUCCUCCUGCUAUUAGCUCCUGCAGCUUUAAAUUGGAUGAAGUCCAGUGGCUCUGGGCUACAUGAUUAAAAUGCGGAGCCUGGAAGUUCCCCUCUGCUGUCUGUUUUCCCCCUCCUUUACCUCCUAGUUUGCAUUGGCAUUUCUGGAAUCUAUUUCAGUCCUGGCCUCCCCUGCCCAAGGAUCUAAUGGCUAAAUCACUGUUAACCACUGUGGAAUGGGGUUGUUGGCCACUUUGCAUUGGCUCCUUAAUAAAGAGAAGCCAGCCUUUGGAAGGCUGUGGGAUGGAGGCUCCUGAGUCCCCUCUGUGGGGUCUCUGAAAGGAGCCCUUGUUAUUAGACUCCCGCUCCCAUCAUCCCUGCCCAUUGGCCAUGUUGGCUUGGGGGGUGAUGGGUGUCGGAGUCCUGCAACACCCAGUGGGCUACUGGUUCCGCACCCCUGGUGUAGGAGGACAAUUGCAACUUCUUUUCAUUUUUAACCGAGGAACCUAAAAUAUGUUGGCUGCAAGCAAUAGGCUGCUGUUUCCUGGUAGCAGGACAGAUUUCCUUCAGGUGCUACCGAAAUGGUUGGCAAGGCUUUCCCUUGAAUUCUGUUGAGCCAUAUGACCCACUUUCAAUAUAUCUCACAGGCCAGGUUUUUUUUGGGGGGGGGAAUCAUACUAUUUUGGUGGCAGUGGGAGAAGGAUUAAAUCCACUUGGCACCAUUGGGGUGUGAAUUGGCUUCAUAGCCACAUACUGUUUGGGCACAUCUAUGUUAUUGUGAAAUGUGAAUUAAUUCUACACAAUUUAUUUGCACACUUGGAACUGAUAGCUCCCCCACCCUUUUUUAAAGGGUCCUAGGGUAGAGUCCAAAAUUUCUGGGUUUGCAUGACAGUUGGCUUGGAGGGCAGACAUACCCUGAUUUAAUUGCUUUUGGAGAUCUUAGUGAUCUUAGUGAUUUGGAAGAAACUGGUUGUCUUCCUCAGUUUGUAUUGUAAUUUGGUUUGCUUAUGAAAUUGAUUUCAGGAUCCCAGGAAAACUGUUUCUGAAAGGUUGUUUCCCCCCCCCCACCUCAGUAAGCUCUGCAGAUUGUAGCAAACCCUCUCCCUUUCUAAGUAGCGGAUUGGCAGUAGACUAUGGUUUUCAAGCUGUGGAGCUUCUGGCUUCACCUGCUGCACCUCGAUUCCUCUGGAAGCCUAUCUAAGUUCUCCUGAUGUGCCACUGCGCCAUAACGAUAUUAUUGGGGGAAGAAAGAGGGAGCAAUUGUUCUCCUUUUGGUGAUCUGAUUUUUAAAAGCCAUUUGACUCGUCAAGGGAUCAUAGUUGCAGAAGGAGAGAGAUGAAAAGCCUGCCUUUGUAGUGUUUGUGGCUUGCUAGUGCAGGGUAACAAUUGAAUUGGCCCUGUUUUUUGAAAGCUCUUUUCAUUUCAAUGGGGUUUAUGUAAGAGCCAUGCUUGAUGACUUGUUUUCUGCCUGAGAAUUGCAUCCCACUAAUAGCACCCAGAGAACAAAAACAGGGUCCUUCACCCAAAUGGACUGUCAACUUUUUUCACACUUGGGUGGGGGAGGGGCAAGGAAGAGAGAACUUAGUUCUUGAAUGAGCCACUGGUUUGACUUGAGCAGGGCCGGCCCUACGUAUAGGCUGGGUGGCGCAGGGCACCAUGGCGCCGGCCUGCUAGGAAGGCGCCGCAAGCUGCGCCCGCCCGCUGGCCGGACGGUCCGCCGCGCAGCUGCGAGCUGCACCCACCCGCCCACCGCGCUGGGAAAUGGGGCGGGAGGGCGCCGGAGAGAUCGCGCUGUGCCUGCCCGCCCGCCCACCGCGCUGGGAAACGGGGCGGGAGGGCGCCGGAGAGAUCGCGCUGUGCCUGCCCGCCCGCCCACCGCGCUGGGAAACGGGGCGGGAGGGCGCCGGAGAGAUCGCGCUGUGCCUGCCCGCCCGCCCACCGCGCUGGGAAACGGGGCGGGAGGGCGCCGGAGAGAUCCGGCGCACCAUGGUGCGAGGGGCGCUUAAGACGGCCCUGGACUUGAGUAGCAAGAAUUAGUACUGUAUUCGGAAACAAAGUGUUUUCAGUGCAAUUAAGCAGAAUAUAUAGUAUAUCCCCCUCUCCCUUUCUUACAGCUUGCUGUUCUCCGCUACUUGAUGCAGAAAGGGAUCCCCUUGCCCUGCUGUCCAUUGCAAGAUUAAGGGAUGUAUGUGGAUCACAUGUAAUUGGAGAGGGGGGGGCUGUACUCCUCAUGAAACAUACUUUGGGGUAUUCCCAUGGGAGCUAGCAGGCCUGUUCCAGGAAAAGCAACUUGUGGAUUGCGAGUAGUUUGGAAGGCAAAGGAAUUUCAAGUGCGAUUCCGUUGUUGUGACUCCGAAGUUAAGGAAAUUGUAGCACAUAGGAAACGGUUUCUUAGCUUCCCCUCCCACUUUCUGUCAGUUCACGCUCCCCUUCCCCUCCAUAGCUUUUCUAGUGGUCACAGAUCCAAGUUUCCCCCUGAAAACCUAGCUCUCCCUUCCAUUGAGGCCUCUGUCCAAGUCUGCAGAAGGGAGGGUUGUGACAGAUGACAACUUCUUCCAGCACUUUGUUGCCAUAACAGGGGAAGCACCUGCUGCAAUUCUCCUUUCUUUGAACCACUAUUAAAGGCACAAAAGGAGCCUUGGCUUCCCGUUAAAUCCUGCAACUGUAUCCUGGCUCCAGAGUCGAUUCUAUAAAGUUAUUAAUGAUUCCAGUCCUCAGUUUUGUGUAGGACGAGAUUUAUUCCACUAUGUAACGAGUGGUUGUAAAAUUAUAUUUUCUUAUGCAAGUAUUUUUUAAAAAAGAAAGCCUAUAAUGAGAAUAUUUACAUUUCUUGAAAGUUGUUGUAUUAUUUUCACAUGCAAAAAAAAAAAUCCUCCAAAUCGGUUAUUAUUUUUGUCAUUGGUGGUCUAAAAGUAUUUUCUAGGUCAUAAAUCUACUGUAAAAGAAACUAUAGAUGUCAAACAUUGUGAAUCUAUGUAUCUACAAGGUACUAAACUGUAAAUUUACUGUGAAAAUUAUUUCCCCCUGUGUGUCCAAACACUGGAGACAGUUGGGGGGGAGGACCUUUUUCUCAUCAGCUUUUAUCCCCCCCCCCAAAAAAAAAACCAUGAUGUGCUUUAUUUGUAAAAGCAAAACCUAUACAUUAUUGGACAGCUUGCUCAGGUUUAAACAAAACUCAUUUGUUAACUGACGUGUUGGAAUGAUCAUGCUUUUAUUUUGACAAGUGCUUAAUGCUCAUGGAGCUGGUCGGGUGGAAAGAUCAGAAGAGGCUGCAAAAACGCCCCCACAACACCCUGUAGAGCAGAGAAUUAUAGGAAGAAGCUGUAGUAACCACCUCCCCUUAGCAUUCUGUGCAGGUCACUAAGGCUCAGUCUCCUAUUUAGCACCUUGUGAGCAGUAUAUAUAAGGUGGGGGGAACCUUGCUUACAAUUGAGAGUAGGUCUACACACGACUUGAGACCUGCCAAGUUGAACACAAACCAUUAGGUCCUCAUUAAUCUUUCUUUCUUUUUGCAACAAAAUUAGGCGUGUCAAGCCCCAUGGCAGGUCACAAUACAUGUCAAUGGUGGGGGGCAGGACUUUGGUGACUGACUAAUCACGCAGGCCUGAACUAGCCCCAUGUCACAUCUUAGCUCCUUGUUUUCUAAACCCUUGACCAGAAUGACAUGAGUCGACCAGGAGGGAUGGUAGAUGUUUGCAAGCUAGCAGGGCUGCAUGCGGGAGCUCCAUGCUGGGAGCUGUGUUGCAGAUGGGGCUAUAUUAAUCUGCUCCCUUAAUUGAAAACAUGCUUAUCUUCCCCCUCUCUCCUUGUAGGAUCUGUUUCCACUUCAAUAAGAAGGCUGCUAGUGGUCCCAAGAGCUCAAAGCACAAGGCAAACUUCCCUUGGGUGAGGCACUGGCAGGUGCUGGGACAGUGAUGGCCAAACUCGGCCCUUCAGAUGUUUUGGACUACAAUUCCCAUCUUCCCUGACCACUGGUCCUGUUAGCUAGAGAUCAUGGGAGUUGUAGGCCAAAACAUCUGGAGGAUUGCAGUUUGGGGAUGCCUGGUGUAGACACAGAUUGGGUCAAAUGUCCACUGCUUCCCUGCCUGUCCACACGUCGAGUUGGUGAUGCUGAAGAAUAGCCUGCUACACCUGCACUUUGGUGUGUGUUCUUUAGCCUUGAGCUUUCCACUCCUUGGUUUGACCGGUCUGUCCCCAAACUGGGAACGAGUCGAGCUGUGUGGGCAUAUCUGCACUUACACUUGUGUAAUUGCUGUGGCUUCUCACCAAGAACCAGGGAGGUUCCAUCACCAAUGAUGGUUCUUCGGUUUCUGGGGGGGGGGGGAAUGACUAUUAAAUGUGUCCAAGAUACAGCUAUGCCUUCUGUUUCACUACGUGGCAUUCAGUGCUAGUCCUACUCAGAGUAGAUCCAUUAAAGCUAGUAGACAUGGCUAAUUUCAUUAAUUUCAGUGGGUUCACUCCUAGUAGGACUUCAUUUUAGCACUAAGCAGAAUGAUGGAACCAUCUCCCCUCUCCUCCCCCCAUGUUCUGCUUUCGGGUUUCUCCUGACCCUUCUUUGUAGAUUUGAGGGGAAAAUAUGUUAGGGGGGACACAUUCACACCAAACAUUUAAAUAUAUUUAUUGAUUUUAUAGCAAACAAAAACAUACAGAAUACAAAAUACAAAAAACACCAAAAUAAAAUUCCAACUUUCUAUAUCUUAGUUCAAAUCUAACACUCUUGACUUCCUCAUUCCUCCUCCAACUGCGUUACAUUGUAAAUCAUCUUUAGUAAUUUCUACAUCUGGACCUUAAACUUAAUUUCCAUGUUAACUAAGCCUUUUUUAUAUUACAUUAUUGUAACUUAACAUAUAUUUCAAAUCCUUUUCCAAACUUAUAACUACAUCUAAAUAUAUUUACUCCUCUACAUUUUAUAUUUCUACAACCUCUCUGUACCUCCUUCACUUCAAUUAGUUCUAUCCAUUAAUAUGCUUAUUCUUUAAAUAAACUUUAAAUUUCUUCCACUCUUCUUCCACCGCUUCUUCCCUCUGAUCCCAGAGUCUCCCGGUUAGCUCCGCCAGUUCCAUGUAUUCUAUCAUCUUCCUCUGCCAUUCACCCACCGUUGGUAAUUCUUCAUUCUUCCAAUUCUUGGCUAUUAAAAUUCUUGCUGCUGUUGUGGCAUACAGAAAAAAAAUAACAUAUUUCCUCGGUAAUUCAUCUCUACACACCAAACAUUUAAAUAGCUAUGAUAUCACUUUAAACUGCCACGUCUCUUCCCCCCUCCAAAAAAUUCUGGGAGCUCUAGUUUGUUAAGGGUGCGGAGAGUUGUUAGAAGGCCCCUAUUCAUCUCACAGAGCUACAAUUCCCAGAGAGUCCUGUGAAGAGUGAAUUAUUAAACCACUUUGGGAAUUAUGAAGGGAAUAAGGGUCUCCUAGCAACUCUCAGCCCCCUUAAACUACAGCUCCCAGAAUUCUGUAGAGAGGGGCAGCCACAACUGUUCAAAGUGGUAUCAUAGCGCUUCAAAUGUAUGGUCUGAAUGUGGCCUUAGUGCUGCGUUGAAUUCCACUGCUUAACUCUGAGUUGCCCCCCCCCCCUCCCCAGCAAUGCCUAUGGGAUUCCUCUGGAAUAAGUGGCUUGAAUGUUUGAGCCUUAACUUCCUAUUUCUCAAGGUGACACUUGAGCCCACUCUGCCUUCCCUUGAAUCAUUUGGCUUUGGCUAGUGCUAAUGGAAUGAGUCACGAGUGCUUUGAGGAUAUACAUUUGCAUGUAGCCUGGGCACAACUAGGCUUUGGUUUCCAAUGCCUUACUAAAAAGGUCACUUCUUGAAAAAACAAAACAAAAAACUUUAGCCUGUAGCUUAAAACACAUUUGCCUGUUUGGACUUGUAGGAAGUUGUGAUUCGAAGGCUAUUGGAAAGCAGAGAGGCCUUUAAAGAACCCUUGUUUUUGAAACAAGUCACACUUUCCAUUUGAUUCAAAGAUUGUGCCCUUCUGACACAUCACCAAGAAAAGCCUGAUUUUUUUUCUGGGCAGAUGGGAAAGUCAGUGUCAGGGGAUUCUUCGACUACUCUAGAGUAACGACGCUCCUCAUGUUACUUUUCCAUAACGUGUUUAUUGGUGCUGCUAUGUACAGUGAGGAAGGUGUAGAAACAUGUCUUCUUACUCCGAUGCAGAAUCCGGAAGUGCCCCCCGGCGUGAACGCCCCAACAUAAAAGUCGCGGGGCACUGAAUCUCCUCCCCUUUCUUCUCUUUCGUAAUUCCGGAACCGGAGGAAAAGGUCUGCAUUCCAUGUUUUCCCUCUCCCCCUUUUCCCCUUCUCUCUUCUCCCGCCGGUAGAAUCAUAGAAUCAUAGAGUUGGAAGAGACCACAAGGGCCACCCAGUCCAACCCCCUGCCAAGCAGGAAACACCAUCAAAGCAUUCGUGACAUAUGGCUGUCAAAGUCUGGGCUCUUUCCUCCUGCCUGAGCCCUGGCACUCUCUCUCCGUGUCCUGACUAGCCUCCCACGAGCCUGUGCUUCCUUCGCUGCUCGGGGAGGGGCUGCUCUUGAUGAUAGGGGGAGGUACUCUGUACUCUCUCCCCCUUACAGUCAGCAUACCAGUGCACAAGCUCACCAGGCAACUGGGAGGAUCAGAUUUAUGUUGGGGUGUUUUUCCUGUCUGCAUAUUUGUCUGAUCAAUAUUAUCCCUAUUUUUCAAGAGAAACGAUUAGGGCAAGAUGUUUAUGUGUGCAUAGUGCUCAGGCUACCUUGCAUGUGCAAAGAGGCCCAUGCAGGUGUAGGAAAUUGAACACAAGAAACUGCCUUAAUAUGCAGGCAAGUGGGCCGUCUCACUCAGUACUGUUUAUACCAGCGGUAAUCUGGAUGUUGUUGGACUCCAACUCCCAUCAGCCCCCGCCAGCAAGCCCAGUGGUCAGCAAUGAUGGCAGCUGGAGCCUAGCAAACAUCUGAAGGGCACCCUGUUGGCAAUGUCUGGUUUACGCUGACUGGCAGAAGCUCUCCAGGGAUUUGGGCAGGGGACUUUCGUAGCCCUACCUGGUUGAAGCUGGAGACCUUCUCUAUCCAAAGCAAGGGGUCUUCUCUUCCAGACGUCUUCAUGGAGGAACAGGGUUGGUGGCUGCGUUGCAACAGUACGUUCCACCCUGAUGUUGCUGCAUUUGUUGUACUGUCUGAGAAGGUCCCUCCAGGCAUGCAACUGUUUCCAUGGAGAGCUUUGCUUUUUCCAGGAAUGCAUGUGUAUAAUUAAUACAUAUGAGUAUUUGAGGGGAGGAGCCUGUUGCAGCAGAAGCCACCUCUCGUGUGUUUUGUUUUGAGUGCAUAGCCAUGACUGAAAAGGGAUGGUCUGUACACCAUUCCCGGCUGGCUGAGUAAAAUCAACAGCACAAGUGUUUUCAAUGAAAAGUAGCUUGUGUUGCAAAAAGCCCUUAAUGCAGAACUUGCAACUAUAGGGGUAACUUGUUUACACAGUACAGCACAAGUCACUGACAUCCCUGGGGCUAGUCUGGAGCGAGGGCUGCUCCACGCUAGGCUUCCCCAGCCUGGUGCCCUCCGGGUAAUUCUGAGCUACAAUU